CCGUGGAAAGACACGAUGAGCUCACUGAUACGCUGCCGGUUCAGCCAGUGGGGCUGCCUUUCCAUCCACGACAGCAGCGCCGCACUCUCAUCCACGGAGCUCCCGGAGAGGAUGUCGAAACACCGCCAGAAGAACAGCGACAAGAGCGCAGCGCCCCUCCAAGAGGAUGCGCCCAAGAAGCCCCAGAAGAGCACCCCCACCACCAACGGGGGCCCCAGCCCCCAGGGGCCACGCUCCUCAAGCGGCUGCCUCGGACUCCUUGCGACAACGCUGUUCUAUGUUGCGCUGAUUGGCGCCGCUGGGUUUGCAGCUUUUCAUUUACAGCAAGUUGUGGAGGAAUUCCGUCACGCAAACGCAAAACACGAGGAGAGCGCACGGCGCAACGCGGAGAUGAGCGGAAAAAUGGAGAGUGUUGUUCAACAGGUGGACUCUCUAAAGAGCGUUGUGGACGGGCUGGAGUCAUCGCUGGGAAUCACACGGAGGGAGCUGGAAACGGCUGUGAGCCGGAUGAAGAGGGGGGAAGUGGAGACCAGGAGGGUCGAGGAGGCCCUUCAAAAGCUUCAGAACGACCUCCUCAAAGACCUCUCCGAUGGCAUCAAGGAGGUGAAGGAAGCUCGGGAGCUGGAUUUCUCCUCUCUGGAGAAAGCGGUUGAGGAGCGCCUGGCUGAAGUCAGCCAGUCCAUCACAGCCAGCGUGGGGGAGUUCACCGAAUCUCAGGGCGAAGUGCAAACUCAGCUGGCGGAUCUCAGAGCCCGCCUCGGUGGCAUUGAAGACCCGACGCAUAUCAAGCAGGAGUUGUCGGCCAUCGUUGACGUUGUGUCUGAGAUCAAAACGGCCAAUCAGGUGGCUGACGCCACCGCAGAUUCUCUGAGACAGCAGAUAGGAGCGGUGAGGGAGGAGAUCCAGACUCGCAACCGGGAAGUUUCUUCACUCUCUGAGGAGGUUAAGUCAGUCUGGUCUUUGGUGCAAGAGACAACUGGGAGUCUGAAGAAGUCGCUGUCUGCAGCAGAAGCUGAAGUUCAGGCGGUGAAGGAGAAAAGCGAAGCUAUGCAGAGCGGCGUGGAGCAGGUCACUGAUGCUGCUCGCGGCGUGGAGGAGAGGGCGGAUGCAGCGGCGGCUCAGGCUCAGAAAAAACUAGAAGACCUUGAUGUUAGGGUCAAAGCUUCAGAGGAGACCGCUGAUUCACUCUCUGCUUCAUUAUCUGAUGUCAACGUCAAAAUUGAAUCCCUUUUUGCCAAAUAUGACGCCCAUGAGAGCAGCUUUGCUUCCCAGGGGGCUGCAGUGGAGAAGAUCAAAGCGGACCUGAAGCAGGAGCUGGAAAAGGUGAAAAGCAGCUUGGAAGAGCUCCAGUCCAAGAUACCUGCAGGUGGAGACCUGAUGGAGUCAGAUUCUAUGGACUCCAUCUCUCUGCAGGUGGAUGACUUGGAGAAGAGACUAGCUGCUGUGGAGGCGAGCAGCGGGACGAAACCCGAGCAUCUGGAGAGCUCAACGAAGCUGGAAGACCAUGACGAGGCCAUUGCCGCCCUGCAAGAGGUUCUGCAGAAAACAAGCCAAGAACUUGCUGGUUUGUCCGAAAGCAUGGAAGGUGCUGAGAAAAGCAGCGUGGAGGAGCUGCGCUCCAAAGUAGCAGCUCUGAGCGGAGAGCAGAAGCAGUUACAUGCCAAGGACUCUGACCUGGAUGGGCAGGUAGGAGAGCUGAAGGUUCGACUCGCUGCUCUGGAGGAAAGUAGCAGCAGAAUGAACCCUGAGCAGCUGGAGAGCCUGAGAACAAUGGUGGAUGGACUCGAGAGCAAAGCAGCCAAACUUGAAGGCCACGAUGAGGCCAUUUCUGCGCUUGAGGGCGAACUGUAGAAGACCAUACAGACACUUUACGCCUUAGCCAAAGAAAAGAAUGAAGACAAAGAUUUGUAGUUUUGAAAAAUAGCAGUGACAGGGACAACAGCCCAUGCAGAAAUGUUCCUCCUAGUUGGUGUUAUGAAAGGGAGCAGUGCUAGACUGUUGAUCUGUGAAUUUAAAUGCACACUAAUUCUGCACUGUACUUUCUUAUUCGGUUAUUUUCAUUGAGAUUUGGUGCCAGAAGUGUUAAAAAAGAUGCAAAAAAAAUUUGUGAGCACUCCUUUGUUUAUCUGUUACUUUUUCGUAGAAUAAAAAGAAAUCUUGACUAAAA